UCCUGCCUCAGGGAGCGGGCCGAAUCCAAUGAGGGAGGUGCUGAUUGGCUGGCAGACAGUCCCCUUUUCCCACCAGCCAAUAGGCGGGCGGGAUGCUGCGCCGCGCAUGAAGCCGGGCACAGGAGCACGAUGUUCCUGGUCGGCCUCUCGGGGGGCAUCGCGUCGGGGAAGAGCACGGUGGUGGCUGUGCUGCAGGAGCUGGGCUGUGCUGUGAUCGACGCCGAUGUUAUUGCCAGGCAGGUGGUGCAGCCCCAGCUCAAGGCCUAUCAGCAGAUAGUGCAUCACUUUGGCACCGAGAUCCUCCUGGAGAACGGGGAGAUAAACCGGGAGGCUCUGGGAAGCAUUAUCUUCUCCCAGCCGGAGAAGCGGCGGCUGCUGAACUCCAUCACCCACCCGGAGAUCCAGAAGGAGAUGCUGAAGCAGAUCUUGAAGUACUUUGUGUUAGGGUACCGCUACGUGAUCCUCGACAUCCCUCUGCUCUUUGAGACCAACAGACUGACCAAGCUGAUGAAAUACACGGUCCUGGUGUAUUGCAGCCCCGGGGCGCAGCUCUCCCGGCUCAUGCGGAGGAACGGGCUGGCCCAGGCGGAGGCCGAAGCUCGCAUCCGCUCGCAGCUCCCGCUGGAGGAGAAGCGCAGGUUUGCAACUCACAUCAUCGACAACUCGGGGGAGCGGGAGAGCACCCGCCGGCAGGUCCUGAGGCUCCACAGCCACCUCGAGGAUUCCCUGGCUUUCCUCUGGGCACGGCUGGCAGCGGGCACGGCCGUGGCCGGGCUCGGGGGGCUCCUGUACCUCCUCCUCCGGCAUUUCAGCUCCUAAUUCACCCCCUCCUUCUGCCCUGCCAGAGGCCUGGGUUUCCAGCUUUGAAAAGAGCACUGAAAGGCCACCUCCUCUAAUGAGCUUUGCCGGCUGAAUGCAGA